AUGGACGAGAACGCGAGCAGCGUCGCGUGGCGAUGGGAGAGCGUGGGACGGCAGACGCUGUCGCAAGUGGACGGCAGCGUCGACGCACACAGCCUCAGCUUUGGGCUGACGAGGUCGUUCUACAACGGCUUUGAGAUGUGGUGGCUCGCGGGGAUGCCCAUGACGCUCGCGUUGGUACUGACGCUCUUGAGCUUCUCGCUGGCGUUGGGCGCUAGCAGCCUCGGCAAGUCGGUGUACUGGAGCCGACUUGUGCCCGCUACAGUGCGGCAACUGGUCGAGUGGGUAAGCGGACCGCUGCGCGUGGGUGACGGUGUUGUAGUGGAGAAGAUGAGGACGAAGGGCUUCACGGACGCUACUGGGAUGGCAAUGGCGACGACUCCGGGUCACAUUGCAGUGAUCAUGGAUGGCAAUCGACGCUAUGGAAAGCACAAGUACGGGGAGGGGGUGAAAGGACACUCGGACGGCAGCAAGACGCUCGUGCAGUUUACAGGGUGGUGCAUGGACGCGGGCAUUCAGAUGCUGACGGUGUUUGCGUUCUCGACAGAAAAUUGGAAUCGCGGAAAAGCAGAAGUGGACGCGCUGAUGCAGCUGUUCCACCAGUUUAUGCACGAGAUUGUGCCGGAAGCACUGAAGCGAGGCGUCCGCGUGCGCGUGCUGGUAUCUGACGGAAGAAAUUUGCCAGGCUAUAUUGUCAAAGUUGCUGAGAAGAUCGAGACUGAGACGCAGCACUGCACCAAGUUCAGCCUCAACCUCUGCGUCAGCUACGGCGCGCGUGACGAGAUUGUAGGUGCCUGCAAAAAGAUCGCGAUCGAAGUCAUAAACGGUGAGACGUCUGUCGACGACAUCAACGAGGAUCUGCUCAGUCAACGCAUGCUCACAGCCGGUCUGCCAGACCCGGACGUUCUUAUCCGCACGUCGGGUGAGCUGCGCAUUAGCAACUUUUUGCUGUUUCAAAUUGCGUACUCCGAGCUGAUCUUCAUCGACAAAUUGUGGCCGGAGGUCACACGAGACGACGUGCAAGACAUAGUCCUCGAGUUCAGUCGCCGCAAGCGCCGCUUUGGCAAGUAA